CGAGGGUGCAGCGCAGUGGUGGACACCGAGCCGGUCUUCGUCGGCAGUGAUGCUGCAGGACAUGUCUCCCUCGUGCAGGUCUACCUGGAGUCCCUACCAGCGGCGAUUCAGGAGUCGGGGCCUUCCUUGGAUGCUGCGCUGGCGCAGUCGGAGGGCGUGAAGGUGGACCUGGGACUCGAGAACAGCCCCCUGGAGCUGGACCGCUCACCAGCGGAGCUCCCGAGCGAGGACAAGCACGUGGAUCCGGCGCUCAUCCCAGGACAGCUAUCUGAGCCACCAGCGCUCGGGAACCCGGACACGGUGGAUGAUAUCACGAGGACGCUGGCCGUGGCUGCGCCCACGGCGCUGGCCGUGGCGCCCACCGAGCUGCAGAGCGAGGACAAGCAGCUGGAUCCGCAACUCGUGCCAGGACAGCUCUCUGAGCCACCGAAACUCGGGAACCCGAACACGGUGGACAGCCUCACGAGGACGAUCUCGGAGACCAGCCAGGAGGGCGCAGAGGACAGCAAGGCCGACACAGCAUCCCAGGUACUGUUCGGGACCGCCCCCGGCGUUGUGCCCAUGGUGGUGCCGCCCGCCGGGUCGCCGGAGGCGCCCUGG